AUGAUUUUAGAAGACCAGAGGUUCCUCCAUGAGGACCUGGAGCGGCUUGAGCAAGCGAUCACCGACCGGGUCGCUGAAGACCCCAAAAAUAUCAAAGACCGAUUGACGCGCGACCACCAAAUAGACGGCUUCCUGACGCGCAUUCAAGAGCAAUCCAGGCGCCUGCUCGACAUAUACAAGGACGCCGAGGGUCUCCGCCUGCAAGAAGUCCAGUCCCUCUCGACCGGCGAGCCGUUUGAAGAAUUCUACAAACAACUCGACGAGGUCAAAGAUUUCCACCGUCGCUAUCCCAAUGAACCGGUCGAAAAUCUCGAGCGCGCCUACAAGCGCCGCCGGCCCGAGGAAGGGGAGUACAUUCUCUCCGAGGUGGACAACAUGUUCAGCGGGGAAGAGUCCAACGGCCGAUUUUUGGACUUGACGCAGCUGCACGAGGACUACCUCAACCUUGCCGGAGUCAAGCGCCUGACGUAUCUCCAGUAUCUGGACAACUUUGACGCAUUCGAACCCCCUCGGCUACCCAUCAAACGUCAGAAUAAAAUCACAGAUCAAUAUUUACAAUAUGUCGCCAGUCUCGACAGCUACCUCGAAAGCUUUAUCCGGAGGACGAGACCACUAGAAGACCUCGCGAAACUGUUUCUGCGAUAUCAGAGGGAUUUCGACACGGCUUGGGAAGCGGGGACAGUGCCCGGUUGGACAAAAGAGCAGAAAGAGCAGGCGUCUACAAGCACCUCGGCGUCGUCGGGUCCUCAGACUGAAGGCACCGGCGCCGGAGUAUGGUGUCCGGACUGUGAGAAAGAGUUUACAAACCAGAAUGUAUACAAAUCACACUUGACGGGCAAGAAGCACAUCAAGAACGCAGAAGCGAAGAAGUCCCGGGCCGCUGCUAAUGGCGAUGCCGCCACGAACGGCGCGAAACCCGCAACGUCAAAUCCUCCUGCGACAGCACCUUCUCUAUCAGGCGCAGCGCUCAAAGAACGCGCCAUCGCUGCGCACGAACAUCGCAUCCGUGCUCUUGCCGAUUACCUUUCCAACGAACGGAGUAACACGCGCGUGAACGUGGAGCGCAAGCAAGGCAUGACGGAGCGGGAGCGGCAGGCUGAAUUGGAUGCUCUAUUCGCCGAAGACGACGCCGCCGUCGCGGCGUCAGACCGCAAAGCAGCAGGCAGGAAACGAACAGGUGGAGACGACUCGGGGUCCGAUUCCGAAGGCGAUGAGAAGAUCUACAACCCGUUGAAAUUGCCCCUGGCCUGGGACGGGAAGCCGAUCCCCUACUGGCUGUACAAGUUGCACGGGCUGGGCGUCGAGUUCAACUGCGAGAUCUGUGGCAACUUUGUCUACAUGGGCCGGCGGGCCUUCGACAAGCACUUUUCCGAGGCCCGCCACAUCUAUGGCCUCAAGUGCCUGGGCAUCACGGGGUCGGCGCUCUCGGGCACCGCGGCUGGCGGCGGCGGCCUCAGCCUGUUCCGCGAGAUCACGGGCAUCGACGACGCCCUCAAGCUGUGGGACAAGAUCAAGAAGGAGAAGCGCGAGAGGGAGGUCCGUGACGACCAGGUCGUCCAGAUGGAGGACGGCGAGGGCAACGUCAUGCCCGAGCGCAUCUACCUGGAUCUGCAGAAGCAGGGCAUCCUCUAA